GGGGCCAGGGUGGGGCUGCCGCCGCUCUCCCCUCGCGGAGCUGCGAGCUGUGCCCGUACCUCGGUCCGCGGCCGCUCCUGUGGCGCCCGGAGACCCGCGGAGGGAGGGCAUCGCGGGAGGAGAUCGCGCCAAGGAUCGCGCCGAGGAUCGCACCGCGGCCGCCGGAGCAGGCGGAACAUCAGCGGCUGCGGCCGCCGCUGGCGGCGGAACAGAAGCGGCGCGGUGCGCGUUCCGCCGCGGGCCCGGGAGCAGCGGACCCGCCGCGGUGGCGGAAAGGUGAAGCUCAGCUACAGUAACUACAGUAAGACAGCUCUGGAUUUUGUUCUUUGUUCUUAAAUUAAUUUCCAACCCAAUAAUUGCCUUACUGGAAGUGAAUUCUUCAGUUUUACCAAUAUGACUAUGAUGUUGCUGAACAGUGCUUCCUUACGUGGUGGAUGCUGCAGGCACGAAACUUUGCUCCAGUUGCUUGGACCUCUCCUGAGCCAUUCAAAAUUGUACAGCAGCUACAGGAGGCCAGGGGCAGAGCCUGAGAAAAAAACAUUGUGGCAGAAUGCUGAUUUCAGCUUUAAGAAGGGUUUCGAUGUCUUAAAGACUCAGCUAAGCUUACUGAAGGAGGAAACCCAAAAUCACUUAGUGGGACCUGAAGGCCGUCCAUUAAGUCAGUACCUGUUGGAACAGACGAGGGUGUUGUGGCAGUUUCGGAGCCAAGAAGAUUUAAAUAAAUGGGUUAUUUCCUCUGAUGUAGAGAUUGGAGGGAAAAGUGAAGUUUACCUCAAAUUGAGUAGGAAUAACCAGGGUGCUCUGCUGUACGGAACCCUCAAUACGGAAGCGCCUCGUGAUGGGGAGACAAAAUACAGUGGAUAUUGUAGUAUGAGAGCUAAACCACGACUGGGAUCUUUCAGAAGGAAGAAGUAUUAUGACUGGUCAAACUUCAACAGUUUGUAUUUACGUGUCCGUGGUGAUGGCAGACCUUGGAUGGUAAACAUUUAUACAGACCCUUACUUCUCUCAUCAGAAGGAUGACCUCUACAACUACUUCAUGUUCACCCGAGGAGGCCCAUACUGGGAGGAAAUAAAGAUUCCGUUCUCCAAAUUCUUUCUCUCCAGUCGGGGAAGAGUCCAGGAUAGCCAGCAUCCUAUCUGGCUAGACAAGAUUAGUACCCUUGGAUUCACAAUCGGAGAUAAAGUAGAUGGUCCGUUCCAGCUGGAGAUAGAUUUUAUUGGCUUGUUAAAUGACAGAGCUCAUACAGAAGAAUUUGCCUAUGAAAUGUAUGACAAGAAUACUCCAGUCUAAGGUGGGCUGGUCUCCUUUGGGACAUUCUUCAGAUAUUUGGUUCAUUUUUAUAAAAUACUUCUUAACAUGUGGCUUAUAACAACUUGAAGAUCCUCUGUAAACUUUAAAAAGAUAAGUGCCUGAAGUGUGACACCACUGGCAUCUUGAAGCUUCCAAAUACAGAAUCCUGGAGAGACUGUACAGACAUUUACUGCACCUAGCCUGAGGGGAGUUGUGAUGCGUUCUUUACAAAGUAGUAACUCUUCCCUGGGUAAGUUUUAGCUUCUGUCCUGACCCUUACUAAAAUAAAAAGUAUUUCAUGAG